UGGAAUUCUUUGAGUGCUUUGAGAGGAGGUGUGGAGUGGAGCCCUCUGCGACUUGGUUGUAUCUAGUGAGCUGUGUGUGGUUGUAUCGAAUUUUACUGUACUGUGUAUAUGUGUAUGUAUCAGUGUGUGUAAGAGAGUGUGUGUUGACAGAUUGGCCUGUGUGUGAGUGCGUGUACACUUUUGCCUGUGUGUUUGUCAGUAUAUGUAGGAGUGUGUGAGUUUACAGGUUUUUAUGUGUGUAUGUGUUUGUAUGUGUGUAUGUCUUCUUGUGCGUAUGUGUAUCCCUGUGUGUAUGUGUGUAUGUGUCUGACGUGUGUUUUUUCAGCUUUGCUUGUGUGUAAGUAUGCGUGCUUUGUGUGAAUCUGGGUGUUUGUAAGAGUUUGUGUGAGUAUAAGUUCACUUCUGUGUAUUUCUGUGUGUGUUCCUGUGUGUGUGCCUGUGCCUGUGUGAGUGCCUGUGUGUGUGUGUGUGCUUGUGUGUGUGUGUGUGUGUGUGUGUGUGUCUGUGUGUGUCUGUGUGUGCACGUGCCCAUCCCCUUUUGCCCCUUGUAUCUAUAUUACCUGCACCUCAGUGCAAGAGAGUGUAGAGGCCAGAAGUCACCCCGGCUGCUGUUCCUGAGGUAGCAUUAGUACUGAUAAAAUGCCUACAGAGACUGAGGAGGAGUUACCAACCCCUACACCCGAGCCCAGUAUCUCUGAGGAGGGCAACUUCCAUUCCCAAUACCAAGUAUUGGGGACAAUUGGGCAAGGGGGCAACGCCAAAGUCCUCCUGGCCCACCACCGGCUCACAGGAACCCCGGUGGCUGUCAAAGUUCUGCGAAAGGACAAGCAGUGGUUCCAGCCAGCCAUGAUGGAAGCAAACAUAAUGAGAAAGAUCAACCACCCCAACAUAGUGUCUCUCAUACAAGUUAUUGAAAAGGAAACGAGAAUAUACCUCAUAAUGGAGCUGGUGGAAGGCCAAGAACUCUACCAGUACAUCAGAGAGUCAGGGCACAUAGAGGAGGAUGAGGCCCGGCAAAUAUUUGAACAGAUAUUGUCAGCAGUGAGCUACUGCCAUGGAAAGGGGAUUGUUCACCGAGACCUCAAACUGGACAAUAUAAUGAUUGAUAAAAACAAAAAGGUCAAAGUCAUCGACUUUGGGCUUAGCACCCAAUUUCAACCUGGAAAAAUGCUAAACCACCACUGCGGCACGUACUCUUUUGGUUCCCCUGAACUCCUCCUUGGCCAUCGGUAUGACGGGCCGAAGAAUGAUAUGUGGAUUAUAGGAGUGGUCUUGUACUGUAUGGUAGUGGGAAAGCUCCCAUUUGAUUCAGUGAUCAUCCAAGAACUGCAGAGACAAGUAGUGGCAGGGGUAUAUCCUGCUCCCUGUGGGGUUUCAAAAGAACUGGAGGACCUCCUUAGUAAAUUACUGAGGGUAAAUCCCAACUUUAGACCAACAGCAAGAAAGGCGAUGAAACACCCUUGGUUCAAAGAACACUGGAACGGAUUGAUAGGUCCCUAUGAAGAAAUGCUUCCCCUCACACCAGACCCGGCCAUUUUGGAUGCCAUGAAAAGCAUUGGAUUCCAAGCCUCUGUAGUAAAACACUCUUUAAAACAAAGAAAAUAUAAUGAGGAAAUGGCAACUUAUUUCUUUCUACAAAAGCAGGCUCUCCAGGGGGAUGGCUGCACAGCCCAGGCACAGCAAAUGAGUCCCGUUGCAGCACCAUUCCCUAGCCUUGAUCCUGCUGCUGCUUUUAGAUUAGAACCAAAGAGGAGUGGAAGCCUGCCAGUCCUUGGCACCUUGCGGGUGUCAUCCUCCCAUGGUCACGUAUCUCACUAUGGCCAGAAUGCUCAUCCAAAAGGAGGCAAAAGAUCCACUGUGGCUGGUCGUCUCAGGCCUCUACCGAUGACACCUACACAGGACCACUAUCACAAAUGUGCCGUGAGUGUCCCAUGCAUUCAAACAACAAGCAUCUUCACUGAGAAGAGUAGCAAUAAGGAAAUCAAAGAAGACAACCCACUCUCCCACAGAGCCCCAUUAGAGGAUAAGCCCAUCCCCAGCAGGGUCCGGCACAGAGGUUUUAAGGGGUGGACCAGGAAUAUAGCAAAUGCCCUGAUAAAGCUGUGUUGCUGCAUGCCAAGGAGAAAGAAACCUCGCCUGGGGCAGAACAGAAUCUCCCCCCAGAAAUGAGCCACAGGGAGAGUCCAGAGAACAAGCAGCAGGCAUAGCCCAGUGUCAUCUGGAAAUUCUUUCAUGUCCUCAGUAUAAACAGUAGGUGAUUUCAGACACAUGGCAAUGGAAAAGACACCAGCAGAAACUACAGCAGCAACAGGAGUAGCAACAAUAGCAGAAGCAGCAUUAGGCACAGCAGCAGCAGGAGGAGGAGAGCGAGGAGGGUAGGAGGAGGAGGAGGAGGAGGAAGAUGAAGAGAGGAGGAGAAAGAAGAGGAGGUGGAGGAAGAGAAGGAAGAGGAGGAGAAAGAGGAGGAUGAACAGCAGGGGGAAGAUUUUGAUUCCCUGUCCCCGUGAGAAUUGCUGAUGACUACUUCUGGACACAGAUAUCAUGCUGAGAACUGUUUAUCAAAAUGAUUUAACAGAAUAUUAAUGUUCAUAGAAGACAUGUCAAUGUUCCUGAGGGCAUGCAGCCCUGGAAAAGAGAGCCAGAUGGCAGAGGCAAGCAGUGUGGAAUGUUCUUACUGAGGAAGACCUUCUCAAAGCUGAUGAUGUAAUAGGUAUGAAGGAGCAUUUCAUGGGAGUCACGGUCCCAUGCCCCUGUGUCAGGGCACACAGAGCUCCUAGCCUUGCAUCCUGCGUGAGAGGGGACCUGGAAUAUUCCCUGAUCCCCACAGGGUCCUGGAUUGCAUGGUUCCCCCUCAGUUAUGGUCCUCACUCUGCCUCAUGGGGUACGCAGCUUCUACGGGCUGAAUUUAUAUCAGUGAUUAACUGGAGCUGGACCACAACCACACCACAGGCAAGCCCUGGGCACUGAGGACAUUAAGAGCAACAGACAACAUCUCCUCCACUGCUUCUGACUCUGCUCCACAAGGCAAGGCAGCUCCCACACAGCAGGCAUCCAGCCUAACUCCCAGCAGGGAGAGUGUGAGAUGUCUGUGGAUGAGCCCACAGGGACUACAGGAUUAUGUGGGAAGACAUCUGGUAGCUUCUGGAGCAGCUGCAGCAGCCAGGACACAUGAACUACAGUGGAGGUGAGCUAUAGGACCAGGUAGCAAAGAGCCUGCUCUGGCCAAUGCUGAUCUGAAUCCCUGGGUGCAGGCUGGAAUGGUCACUCAGGGCUAUUAGAGUGAAGGCCAGCCAAGGGCAUACAAUGUGUCACUAACAUUCUUAAAGUCUU